GAGAGCUGUUCGACUUCUUGGCCCAGAAGGAAUCCCUGAGUGAGGAGGAGGCCACCAGCUUCAUUAAGCAGAUCCUGGAAGGGGUGAACUACCUUCAUGCCAAGAAAAUCGCUCACUUUGAUCUCAAGAAAACAUUAUGUUGUUGGACAAGAAUAUUCCCAUUCCACACAUCAAGCUGAUUGACUUUGGCCUGGCUCAUGAAAUAGAAGAUGGAGUUGAAUUUAAGAACAUUUUUGGGACACCAGAAUUUGUUGCUCCAGAAAUUGUGAACUAUGAGCCCCUGGGACUGGAGGCUGACAUGUGGAGCAUCGGUGUCAUCACCUACAUCCUCCUUAGUGGAGCAUCCCCUUUCCUGGGAGACACGAAGCAGGAAACGCUAGCAAAUAUCACAGCAGUGAGUUACGACUUUGACGAGGAAUUCUUCAGCCAGACCAGCGAGCUGGCCAAGGACUUCAUUCGGAAGCUUCUGGUUAAAGAGACCCGGAAGCGGCUCACGAUCCAAGAGGCUCUCAGACAUCCCUGGAUCACGUCCAAAGGAGAGAUCAGAGCCCUGGAACAGCACAAGGCAGAGCCCAACCAGCUGAAGACCAAGCGCCUGAGAGAGUACACCCUCAAAUGCCACUCAAGCAUGCCCCCCAACAACACCUACGUCAACUUCGAGCGCUUUGCCCGUGUGGUCGAGGAUGUGGCUCAGAUGGAGCAGGGCUGCCGGGCCCUGACAGGGACCCAUGACACCAUCCAGGACGAUGUGGAGACCCUGAUCUCUAUCUACAAUGAGAAGGAGGCUUGGUACCGGGAGGAGAGCGAGAGAGCCCGGCACGAUCUGUCUCAGCUCAGCUACGAGUUCCGCAAGGUGAAGUCCUCGAAGAAGCUCCUUCGAGAGGACAUCCGGGCCACAGGGUCCCGCCUUGGGGGUGCAGCCAGGAAGCUGGACCACCUGCAGACGCAGUUUGAGACCCUAAGGCAGGAGCUCUCAGCAGACCUCCAGUGGCUCCAGGAACUGGUGGGCAGCUUCCAGAUGGAGAGUGGGAGCGUGGACAGCCCAGGUUCCAUGUUCUGCCGGGACGCCAGUGAGUCCCUUGGAGAGCUGCUCAACAGAUCAUGUGGCGAGGAAGUCUUGGCCGGCUUGAAACUCUGAGCACCAGCAUCGGGUCAUUAAUGCAUCCUGGAUGGUUUGCUGAAGCCUGCUCCCAGCUUCCCUGCCAGGCAUCAACUCAAAUUCUCCUGCAGGGGUGUGUGUCUGUAGCAUAGCCUUCCACCUCCUCCCAGAAUCCAGAAGCACGGAGGGACUAGCUAGUUAUCAUUCUGUGCCUCCUCUCACCUGCCUGGUUUGUUGGGUGAUUUGCUGGGCAGCCAGGCUGUUAAAACAGUUGCUGUUGAAUACUCCUCAGCAUUCCCUUCUCCAGGAGACAGCUGGCCCUGGGGAGACACUCAGGGAGACACUCAGUAACUGAUUUGUGAUAAUGGACUUGUUCACAUCUCACUUCCUGCUUUAUGGACUGCAGGUCUUGGGUACCAUUUGAGUUACCUAGGGCUAAUAGUCAGCUUGGUGUUUUCCUGCUGCUGAUGGCAGAAUUUUAAAUUCACAGAGAAAAGAUUACUUUUCAUUCACAUUGACAUUUAACUUACCAAGCAUUUAUGUUUCUGAUCCUUAAAAGAACUCUGUGAGACAGGAAGGUAGGUGGUAUUAUUGUUGUUGUUACUGUUAUUUCCAUGUAACUGAUGAGGAAACUGACCUCCAGGGGGAAAUGACUUACACAGGGUCAUUCAUAGCUAGUUGAUACAGAUGAAACACGAACCCAGGAUGCCUGAGUCUAAGAUGGAGUAUUUAGGAACAGAUAGCUUUUGAUGUAAAAAUGCACUUUAAUAUUAAAGUUCAGAUCCCAGAGGUAAAAUAAGCAACUUCAUGUAUUUUGCCAGGUAAUGUGGAAGCCUCAUACCCUCUAAGCGAUUGUCCUAAGAAGUGUGUCCCAGAAGGCAGGCAGUUUAUUGUUCCCAUCCAGCCCUUCCCUGUCUGAAGAUCAGCCUGACGAUUAGGAGGGAAGGGGCAGCAUCUUGCCCUUCUCCACCUUCCCUCCUGUGGCUCAGGGCUCCAACCUUCUGUUGGGAAUGAGAACCCUUUUCUCAUGUCCCUAAGGUCUGAAGAGGGUGGACAUUAAGAUUGGGAAGCAUGAGGCCCAGUGGUCCCUUCCUGACCGCAGGCUGUGUGCGCCUCUCCCUAAAGACUGGAUCAUCUUGUCUCCCUUUUCCCAGAGGGGGAGACAGCCAGCAAGCUCAGAGAGGCAAAGUGUGGAGAGUGGGCCCAGCACUGUACUAGAAGCUUGGGGGUGACAGAAGAGAUCGUAUCGUUCCAAGGUGCCGUCACAGACUCACAAACCCUCUUAUCAGAGAGGAAGGGGUAGGUGUUAUUCUGAAUUUGGUGCUGAGGAAACAGAGGGUGUGAUUUGCCCAAGGGCACAGUAGUGGCAAAAGUGGACGCCUUCUGACGGGGUCUUCUGCUUCCUUCCCCUAGCUGCCCCAGGCGCCAGGGGUUCACUCUGCUGUGGGGCAGGUUCUACCCAGACACACCCAUGUGUCCACUUACAAAGAAUUGUUCAGCACCUGUCAACUGCUGGGCACUUAUCCUGUCCCCAGAAAUGCAAUGUUGAGUGAAAACAGGUAUGUUUCCUGCCUUCAUGGAGUUUGCAGUAAAAGACUCCACGUUGAUCUAGAACAUUCUGAAGAGAUAGAGCUGCAGCUAUGAGAAGACUGCAGCACUGCAGGAGGCUGCAGGGGCAGGCGACCUAGUCAGAAAGGGUGUCCCUGAGGUGGUGACUCUAGAGCUGAAGUCAGCGAAGCAAACCAGGGAGGAGGUAGUUUUCCCUGCAAAACUGUCAUGCCAGGGCUCUGUGCUGGGAGGGGGCCUGAGCUGAAAUUGCUCAGGCAGAAGGAAAGCUGGAGAGGAAAGAAGAGGAGUACGAUGUAGAUGCGGCUGGAAAGAAGGCAGGACCAGUAGGGCUUUGCCAUACUGAAGAGCUCUGUCUCCAUCCCAAGGGCCAUGGGACUGAAAUGGGUGCCCAGCAGUCAGCAGCCCGAUGUCAUGGCAGGGGUGGGGCUGCCCAGGGAAGAGCACAGAUGGGGCAUGGUUUAGAAUGAUCCCGUGAAGGCAUGUCCUUAGAAUCCUACCUCCCUUUCUAUUACAUGCUGCGGCUGCUGCUGCUAACUCACUUCAGUCGUGUCCGACUCUGUGUGACCCCAUAGACGGCAGCCCACCA